ACAUAACUAGUGAAGUGCAAGUGUCGAUAAUUCCCGCAAUGCUCGAAAAUCAGGAUGACAUUGUCGAAGCGACCGAUGCAGAUGAGAUGUGGAGCUCUGUGGAGAGCGGCGGCAGCAGCGGGCGCGCAGUGCCGUGCGCGCGCGGCAAGCACUCGGCGACGCUGCUGGGCGGACACGUGUACGUGCUCGGUGGCCGCGGCGCCGGCGGCUCCGUGCCGCUCCGCGACUUCUGGAGGUACAGCCUUGCUACUGGUAAAUGGGAGAAGCUGGAGUGUCGCGGCGAGCCCCCGCCCGCCCUGCAGGAGCACAGCGCCACGGCGCACGAGAACAAGAUCUAUGUGUUCGGGGGCGAGGCGGGCGCGCUGUCCAACGAGACCCCGCUCUGGAUAUAUGACACAGAGACUCAGAUAUGGCGCAAGUUGCCGGGCACGUCCAACUACUCGUCGACGCUCAGACGGCGGGGCUCCCGCGAGCCGCGCGCCGCCGGCCUGGGCCCGCGCGGCCGCCGCGGACACUCGGCGCACGCGCUCAAGGACUGCCUACUCAUAUACGGCGGGUAUAAGGACUUGAGGGGAUCCACCAACGAACUAUGGGCAUUUCAUUACGAGUCCCAGUCGUGGCACCAGGUGCGCACAGCAAGCGCGGGCCCGGCGCGGCACCGACACGCGGCCGCGCUCUACGACAACCGGCUGUACGUGCACGGCGGCCAGUGCGACCUGCGCGACUGCAGCGACCUCUGGUACUACGACACCAUGUCCCGCGUGUGGAGCGCGGUCCGGGGCGCGGGCAAGGCAGCGCCGGGCGCGCGCUGGGGCCACGCGGGCCUUCGCGCGGGGGCGCAUCUCUAUAUCUUCGGUGGAGAGACACACGGUCACUCUACCAACGAGCUCUGGAGAUUCCAUUUCGCAACGGAAACCUGGGAGCGAAUAGCCCAAAGUCUCAAGUGGCCAUCUCCCCGCGUGGACUGCUGCGCGCUGCUGAUCCCCUCAGCGCCGCCGCGCGUCCGCUCGGCCCCCGCCGGCCGCAUCGCCGCCAACCGGCACUCACUGAACUGCCGGCCCGAUCCGCCCGCCAGCCUACUGAAAGAGAUCUCCAAACUCUCUUCCUUCCACAUUCGGAGAGCAGCGCGCUGCUCCUACAGCGUUCUGGACGGAGACAGAGACUCUACCGAGAGUCUCGUCCGCCAAGAAGCUGCUGCACUCUCAAAGUCCCACUCUGCAUACGUUAUCGACAAGAGACAACCUGCCGACGGUGACGAGAGCCCUCGUGAAGGAGACGUUCCCGAAUACAGAUCAGAAAUGUCUCGGGAACCCAUUUCCGUACCUGAUUUCGCAGACAUGAUCCUCCCUACACCUGUGCUAUCACCAAUAGAAGCUACAAAACUCGUGUAUCUUGACUCCGAGGAAGAGGAAGACAUGAAGCGAGAAAUUAAUAGUAUGAAAAAGAAAGAUGGUAUCUCAUCAGUGAAGAUGGAGGGCAAAGUUACUGUCGUCACUAUUCCCAAGUCAGCCUCCGUCAGGUUUACAAAAGACACGAUCAUAACUGACGAGGAGGACACGGAACUAUCAACGUCGGACUACGCGAGCGCCGAGCGAGUCAACAGACUGUCGGGGAAUUCCCUCGGCUUCAGCAACCCGCACUACUUGGGUCCUGACGUGAGGAACCUGGGCGCGGCGCUGACGCCGGACUCGGGCGUGGGCCCCGGGGACAUCGAGCUGCAGGACCUGAGCGAGCGGCGCCCGCGCAGCGUGUUGCGCGCCGCCGACAGCCAGCUGCACCUGCUGCUGGUGGGCGGCAAGGAGCCGCCGCAUCUGGCGCUGCUGCAGAGCCCGCUGUCCAUGUGGACCUACCGUCUCCUCUAACUGUUGUACUGUACGGUUGUACUCGAUAGUUUAGAUCUUCGUCCAGUAGCGGAACCAUGCUCCUCGGGGCUGGGGGUAGCUGUCGUUUCGACUUUUUCAAUUAGAUUUAUUUUUGUGGCUCUAAUGUUUAAGGAAGGUGAUCUUUGUAUAAAUGAAUAAUAUUGAGAAUCAUGUGAACGUGCUUUUCGAAUCGUUGACGUCCAAAUUAUUGAUGUAAAGAAGAUACUUAUGAAACUUAGUUUAGUAAGGGCUCGCAUUUGUAAUUAGAACAAGACGAACGGCGAAAUCCGUUUUUUAGAAAUUUUAGUGAUUAUAAAAAAUCGUAUUACCUAUUUUAACAGUAGGAAGGUAUCUAAAGCUAUGUUCGAACUUCAAAAUUCUUACUUUCAAGACUAUAAACAAUUGUUUUUCAUUUCCGGUGUUUAUAUGUAAUUACUUUUCCAAUCAAUACAUUCCAAUCAUCACGUAUUGAGACCAAUUCCAGAAUAUUCCAUUUUUCAUUUCUACAAAGAAGCCAGGUACCUACCCGCGACCCGCCUACUUUGUUAGAAACACAAGGACUGAACCAGUAGUAUCUACUGUACUACUAGGUUGACCUUUAAUUCUUAUUCCAUAGUAUUUAUAAUCCUCCAUUAAUAUUUAAGUUUCCCAUUACUUCAAGUGUUGCCAAGUUGUUAUUUUGUUGUAUUAAGUUUUCUAUUGUUAGCUGUUGUUUUAUAUUGCGUUGUUUGGUAAUGGUUUUAGAAGUAUAUUUUUACAAGACAUUAAUCUAUAAGUUUCAUCUGCAUUAAACCGACAUACGUUUUAAGUAGUCGAAAAGGUUUUUGCAAAAAAAAAUGGAUAUCUACUUGUUUUCAUGUUAUGUAGCCUUGUUCUAAUUAGGGCAAUGUUUUAAUACCGUAGUCGAAAAGUAGUUAUUUUAUAAGGUUUUAAACGCCCUUCCAAAUUAUACAAAUUUGUCUCGAUGUAGCAGUAGGUAACUAAAUAAAAUUUAUUAGUGUAGCUGCCUAAACUUGCGGGCGGCAAUAAAUAUAAGUAAUUCUUAUGAGAAUAUGCAACUUUUGGUAUCUGUAUUGUUAGCAUUUUCUGUGAUCAAGUAUUUUCAAUAUUAUUCGAUAAUUAUAAUUUGAUACAGAUAACGAAUGAAUUUUAAUGAGAUUAUUUUAAUAUUAAGUAGGUACCUAACGGAUAUUUCAACCGUGAUUUCUUAUUUUGUAUUUAAAUUUAGUAAAUUGCUAUUGUUUUAUGAAACAAAUAUUGCUCAUAACUAAGGCGUGUGCUUGAGACCACAACCGACGUCCGAUCGUCAGUUGUUGGCCUGUCGAUGCCAUUACAAUGAAAUCAACUUGUCUGCUGACUCAAGUUAACAUUUCUAUUAUUUAUAUUAACUUCAUUUUCUUUACUUAGUAAUUUCCAAGAGAGUGCAAGUAGGCCUGUUGAUCUCAUGGUGUUAAUAAGUCGUACAAACAGUAGGUCCUGCUAUGUCGCGUCGAUAGGGCGUGAGCAAGUCGAGCGCAGCAUUUGCUAAGACUGAGUAACGUGUAGCUGUGACAUUAUGUACUCAUGUUUUUACCAAUAAUACUUGACUGCCCGAUCAAUACAUAUUCGAUCUGCGUAGUUCUAAGGAUAUCUUCUGUGCAAUAUUAGUAUCUUACUGCCUACUUUGAAGUACUUCGUGCUAUGGUUAUUAGCCGACAUUUAUAUAUUUUGUUGACUUACUUACGUAUUAUUUAAAUGUUUUUAUUGUUACUGUAUUAUUUGUACUAUGCUUGUAUUUGGUCGGGCCUCGAUUCGCUGGGUGCGAGUAAACUUGAAACUACUUUAGGCUAAUAUCUAGGUACUCUUUAUACUAGCCAACUAUGUGUUCAUGACAUCGUAGUAAUGUUGAUGUAGUGCGCCCGGCGGAUCAAGUGUUGUAAUUCCAAGCCACUUUUAUAUUGAUCUUGGGACUGUUGUCAUGGCCGUUUCGAUACAAUCCAACAAUAUUCGAGAUGUUAUUAAACGUAGUUAUGUCCAA